AUGAGUGCUUAUGCUACUCUACGUGGAAAUUCUUCAAAUUCAACAAAUAUAGAAGAAGAUGAUGUUGAAGAAAUAAUAAAAUAUCAAUCAAAUUCUUCGGAUAAUGAAUCAGAUGAUGAUAAAGAUCAGCAGUUUGAAAGUUUACGACAACAAGCAGAAGAAAUUCAUUCUAAUUCACAAACCCCAGGGAAUUUAAAUGAUACAAGACCAGUGAUAAGUCUAUCAAAUUUUUAUCCAACUUGUAGCAAUAUACGAUAUUUCAGAAGUUCAAUUGAAUUUAAACUAACAUCUAAUCAAUAUAUUCUAAUACGGGGACAAUUCAAAUUUAAAGUAAUUUCAGGUUCAAUCAAAUUAAACAACUUUCAUAUAAUUUCAGAAUCAGAUGCAUAUCAUGAUAUGAAUAAUCUAGGUCAAAGUGUUCCAAUGAUACAAAAUCACUCAAUCACUGGCUCUUCCACUAUACUUAUUUCUGAUUUGAUCAAUGGAAUUGAAAAAAUUGUGAAAUUACCAAAUCCAACAAAAACCUAUAGUUUUCAAUUAUCUUCAGGUGUUAAUGCUUUGUACAUUGAUGAUAAAUGGAUCGAAUUACUUGAAAAUCUAACGUAUAAAUCACAACAAAUUAUAAAUACAUCGCCAAAUAUGAGAAAAAGGAGGACGUUCAUGGUUAUUGGUAAUAAAAACACAGGGAAGUCUACAUUUGCAAAAACGUUAUUAAAUUCAAUUAUUGAGAAUUAUAACAUGCCUGUUGUUUAUCUAGAUUUGGACCCUGGACAAUCCGAAUAUAAUCAACCUUUAAAUUUAUCAAUGACGAAAGUGGAGAAUGUAAAUUAUGGAUCACAUAGUUUCAAUUAUACAGAAUCUCAAACUACAAAAUAUUAUGGUUUCAAUAAUCCUGUAUCUUUAAUAAAUAGAUAUGAAUCAAUAGUUGAAAAUUUUGAUAAAUUAUUUAAUGAUCAAUAUCCAAUGAUUAUAAAUACACCAGGGUAUAUAAAAGGAUAUGGGAAGGAACUACUAACGAAAAUAACUAAUAAGUUUCAACCUGAUAACCUAAUAUUACUAUCAAACAAAUUGGACAUAAAUGCAAAUGAAAAUAAAGAAGUUGUUGAAAAUUUACAAUAUGAAAAUCUUAACAUUAUACCCGGUGUGUAUCAAUCAGUGAAGAAUUCAAUACAAAUGAGAGAUCUAUCCAAAUUAUUAUACUUUCAUCAAAAAACACCAUGUGAAUUUGAUUUCCGGCAUUAUUUAAUUGAUAAAUCUCCAUUAAAAUUAUCAUAUUCGACAAAUGAGAAUAAAGGAUAUAUUAAAAGUUUUACAAUUUUGAACCACAGUUCUACCGAUCUUGAUAUGAAGGAGUUACCUUUCAUGAUUGAAGCACAAAUAUGGGCCAUCUACAAAACAAAAAACUCAAUAAAUGUGGUAUCUAACUCAAAAUCGCCUAAUUAUUUAAAUCCUGAAGAAUUUGAAUUCACGAAUGGGUAUCUUGGAUUAAUCAUCAUUCACUCAGUAAAUAUGAAAGAAAAAUACGUGAACAUGUACACUCCAAAUCAUGUUGUUGAGAAAAUCCAAGAUGCUGUUAUUGAUGGAUAUUCUUUGGUUUGUUGUAGAGGUGGUAAUUCUGAUUCAGAGGUUCCUAAUUAUGAGAUGCUAUAUCCUAAUUUCUUGAAAUUAAAACAAAAUGCUAUCAAGAAUGGAAAUGGUAAUAAUUUUGAUUUACCUUAUAUUAAUUUUGAAAAGAAUUUGAAAAUUGGAGGUAUUUGGAAACCAAGAAGGAAUUUGAUGAGAAGAAGCCACCAAAGAUAA